AAAAUAAAAAGAGAGAGAGAACUUCGCUUUAAUCGCCAUGGCUGCAACAAUGGUGAAGCUCGCAUUUCCCCACCACUUCUUCCCGCAAAUUCAAGAACCCAAUUUCCGAUUAAUUACGAAAGAACCCAUUAAACCCACAAAUCGAGCUCAUUUGGGGAAGCACUACAGCCAUUGCCGCAGUAAAAAUGGUAACUUUUCAACCAUAAGUGAAAAUAACAAUGGGAAAAUCAGAAGCUUGAUCGAAGAAUUUAACCCAGAGAUUCCGAUCGAAGAAGCAUUUACCCCACCAAGCUCAUGGUACACUGAUCCUGAUUUCUACUCUCAUGAACUCGAUCAUAUCUUCUACACAGGAUGGCACCCUGUUGGAUAUACGGAUCAGAUUAAAGAGCCACGCGACUUUUUUACCGGCAGAUUGGGAAGUAUUGAAUACGUGGUGUGUAGAGACGAAGAAGGCGAGUUACACGCUUUUCACAACGUGUGUCGACACCAUGCUUCUCUUGUUGCCUCCGGGACUGGGAAAAGUUCUUGUUUCGUAUGUCCGUAUCAUGGUUGGACGUAUGGAUUGGACGGAAAACUCGUCAAGGCAACAAGAAUAACAGGAAUCAAGAACUUCAAAGCGAAUGAAAUGGGACUUGUUCCGAUCAGAGUCGCCACGUGGGGCCCGUUUGUGCUAGUCAACUUCGAAGACGGAGCUACUCCGAAUGAAAUUCUCGAUAACAAAUCCGUGAGCCACGAGUGGCUAGGAAGUGCAGCGGAAAUAUUAAGUGCAAACGGGAUCGAUUCGUCGUUGGAUUAUGUAUGCAGACGCGUGUAUACCCUUGAAUGCAAUUGGAAGGUUUUCUGCGACAACUAUCUAGAUGGUGGUUACCACGUUCCGUACGCGCAUAAAGGUCUUGCGUCUAGUCUCAAGCUUGGCUCGUACUCGACCGAAAUGUACGAAAAAGUUAGCAUCCAAAGCUGUGGUGGCAAUAAGACCGGUGACUCGGAAGAAGAGUUCGAUAGACUUGGGUCGAAAGCCUUUUAUGCAUUUGUUUACCCAAACUUUAUGAUCAAUAGAUACGGACCUUGGAUGGACACCAAUCUAGUACUGCCUCUUGGACCCAAAAAAUGCCAAGUGAUUUUCGACUAUUUUCUAGAUGCUUCUCUUACGGACAACGUUGCAUUCAUAGGAAAAUGUUUGGAAGACAGUGAAAGAGUACAGGUAGAGGACGCGUUUUUAUGCAAAUCGGUACAGGAAGGACUAGAAUCUCCGGCUUAUAACAUGGGUCGGUAUUCUCCGAAUGUCGAGAUGGCUAUGCAUCAUUUUCAUUGCCUACUUCAUCGGAAUCUCACUAUCUAAUAUACACUACUUAUCUUGUGUGUGUGUGCGCGCGUGUGUUCAUUCUCCUUUACGCGUAUAUCUACUUCUUUUUGCAUCUUCCGUAAGCGAAAAUUGUCUCGAUUACACAAUGUAAUUUCAAUAGUGAAAAUGCACGCAGAACGAAUGUAAUGCAUAAAGCGCUAUACUAGGUAUGAACAAGAGUUUAUUGCAA